AUUUUCAAUCUCAUAAAGGGCCCCUUUUCAUUUCUUUGUCCAUCCUUCUUCCGGGUGCUUCAGAUUCUGCCAGAAUGAGGAAAUGGUUCUGGGGUUUUCUUUUCAUUGCUUUUGGUUUUGUUUGUAGCAUUGCCGCUGAGCGCAACCCUCGCACUGAGAGAAUUUCUGGAAGUGCUGGUGAUGUGUUGGAAGACGAUCCAGUAGGGAGGUUAAAAGUUUAUGUAUACGAGCUUCCGAGCAAAUACAACAAGAAAAUCCUUCAAAAAGACCCCAGAUGUCUUUCACACAUGUUUGCUGCUGAGAUCUACAUGCACAGGUUCCUUUUAUCUAGUCCUGUUCGAACCCUCAAUCCAGAGGAAGCUGAUUGGUUUUAUACCCCUAUCUAUGCCACUUGUGAUCUUACACCUACUGGUUUGCCAUUGCCCUUCAAGUCUCCACGGAUGGUGAGAAGUGCUAUACAGCUUAUUUCCUCAAGCUGGCCUUACUGGAAUAGAACAGAGGGUGCUGAUCAUUUCUUUGUUGUACCCCAUGAUUUUGGAGCAUGCUUUCAUUAUCAGGAAGAGAAAGCAAUUGAGAGGGGGAUCCUUCCAAUCCUGCAGCGUGCUACCUUGGUUCAGACAUUUGGACAACGGAACCAUGUGUGCUUGAACGAGGGUUCAAUCACAAUUCCUCCUUAUGCUCCCCCUCAAAAGAUGCAGGCCCGCCAGAUUCCACUAGAUACUCCACGGUCUAUUUUUGUCUACUUCCGUGGAUUGUUUUAUGAUGUGAAUAAUGACCCUGAAGGUGGCUACUACGCAAGAGGUGCAAGGGCAGCUGUUUGGGAGAACUUCAAGAACAAUCCACUUUUCGACAUCUCCACUGAACAUCCAACUACUUACUACGAGGACAUGCAACGAGCUAUAUUCUGCUUGUGCCCACUAGGGUGGGCACCCUGGAGUCCUAGGCUAGUGGAAGCUGUGGUAUUUGGGUGCAUUCCUGUCAUCAUUGCUGAUGAUAUAGUGUUACCCUUUGCUGAUGCUAUUCCAUGGGAGGAAAUCGGAGUGUUUGUUGCAGAAGAAGAUGUUCCUAAGUUAGAUACGAUUCUCACAUCUAUACCACCGGAAGUAAUAUUAAGGAAACAGAGGCUUCUGGCUAACCCUUCGAUGAAACGAGCCAUGUUGUUCCCGCAACCUGCACUGCCACGAGAUGCUUUCCAUCAAAUAUUGAAUGGGCUAGCUCGUAAAUUGCCACAUCAGAAGAGUAUAUACUUGAAGCCUGGUGAAAAGAUUUUGAACUGGACAGCAGGACCAGUUGGGGACUUGAAACCGUGGUGAUGCUGAUGCAAAUGUUAUUUGAAAUUCACUGCCUCACCAGGCCUCCUCAAUUGUACUAAAUUUUUUCUUUAAAAUUCUUGAAGUUUUGUGUAGAAGCUUACAUAUGGAAAUACAUAUAUGGGUGUAAAUGGGAUGAUGCCUUGCAGUUCCUCGUUAAAAUCAGCAAUGGUUGUUUUUGAAUUAAAUUAAGCUUACAUAUCAUUCCACCA